UUUCUGUUGAAACGGAAACACCAAGAAAUAAAGUAUGAGUGCGACAAGGUUUUUGAAUUUUCUGACUUUUAGGAAAGAAACCAGAAAGCUCCGCCUCCUGACAGUAGUCUUGUCACUCUAUAUCCGUUCUCUACCGUCACCUCCAUCCUCACCCACAGAGCCGGGCGGAGUCCGUCGGGCCUCAUCCUGGAAGAGGAACGGCCUUGGAGGCGGGAGGCAUUUUAGUUUCCUGGCCGUGUCCGUGUCCCGGUGCGGAGUCAUGGCCGACUCGAUCCGGGGUCCGCUCGCCCGGGCCAUCUUGCAGCAAUGUCUGCACGCCAGGCUGCAGAUUCAGCGAGGACUUAUAAUCUAUGUAUGCUUCUUCAAGGGGGCCAGUGAAGAAAUUAUUCCAAAAAUGGUCAACACACUCAUGAAUGUGAAGUUAAGUGAAAACGAAGACGGCAAAUACGUUUCUGUUUUGGACUUGCCAGGCAGCCUAUUAAUAAUACCUCAGGCCACCUUGGGUGGUAAACUCAAGGGAAGAAGCAUGCAAUAUCAUGCCAACAUUGAAAAAGACAUUGGGCUGGAGCUCUAUUCGCAGUUUGUGCUCCACUGUGAAAGAGAACUGGCUGCUAACGCCAAAUGUUUUGAGGCUGGUGCUGUUGUCAGACAAGGAACAUAUGGAAACCGGCAGGUAUUGAAAGUGGAUACAAAUGGACCUUUCACUCAUAUGAUUGAGUUCUGAAAAAUAAGUGAUUUUGAGACUGAUUUACUGAGUCCAACAAAUAUUAAACUAUAGUGCCAGUACAUAAUGUAAAAUUUAAUUUGAGCUUAAUGUUUGAGAGAAAAAGACCCAGCUAAAUAUAUUGAAUUAUUUAAAUGUAAA